AUGGAGCGUCCCGAUUACCCCGGUUUCUCCUCGACCACGACGACCGCGCAAAACUCCACGGCACCGACCCGACAAAACUCCACAGAUAAUCUCCAUUGCCUACAUCUGCUUUCUCGACCGGGUGACAAGAGUAGCAAGGAGAGAGACAUCGACCUUCAACGUAUCGCACUCCGACCGAUCGUCUCAAAGCCAGGCCUUCAUACCCCAGACGAAUCUAUCAACAAUGAGGUCCACAGGCGGCACUCGAUCUCAAUCCGCGAACGGAUGCUCCAUUUUACAUGGGCAUGGUUUACUUUCCCCAUGAGCUGUGGUGGCAUAUCUCUCCUCAUCUACAUGCAACCACGCCAGUUCCAGGGUCUCAGAACCAUUGGAAUGGUCUUGUAUGCGCUAAACCUUUUCAUAUUCACCUCUAUAUGUCUUGGUCUUGUCACACGGUUCAUUCUGCAUCCUGGAACCCUAACAAAGUCCAUUUUGCAUGCCCGCGAGGGCUUCUUCUUCCCAACAUUCUUCCUCGCUAUAGCAACCAUCAUCACAACCACACAGCGAUACGCAAUACCGGAGAAUAAUGUUCCAACUGUGUGGGCGACGAAGGCCAUCUUUUGGGUCUACUUGACCUUCACUUUCAUACUCGCGGUGGGACAAUACACAUAUCUGUUUGAUAGCCAUAGCUUCAAACUGCAGUCUAUGAUGCCAAGCUGGAUCUUGCCCAUCUUCCCAGUCAUGCUGACUGGCACGAUUGCUACUGUGAUUUUGGAUGCCCAGGAUAACAUCUCUCCCAUGGCUAUCAUCACGGCUGGCCUGACUUGUCAGGGCUUGGGUUUCUCAGUGUCCUUCAUGAUGUACGCACAUAUGAUUGGGAGACUUAUGGAGUCUGGACUCCCAAACAGGGAGCAUCGACCAGCGCUGUUCAUGUGUGUUGGGCCACCAGCUUUCACGGCCCUUGCUCUCAUUGGCCUUGCAAACAAGAUCCCCCAAAAUCUCACCAGCACCGAUAGCAUAUCGACACAUGUUGACACCAUUCGAACUGUAGCCUUGCUAGCCGCUGUCUUCAUGUGGACAAUCAGCCUUUGGUGGUUCUGCAUCGCUACUAUCUCUAUCAUUGCAUCCCCGCCAAAAUACUUCCAUCUUGGCACCUGGGCAAUGGUGUUUCCCAACACUGGCUUUACUCUCGCGACUAUCUCUAUUGGCAAAGAAUUCCAAUCUGAGGCAAUCUUGUGGGUUGCAACUGCGAUGAGCAUUAUUGUCAUUACCGCUUUCAUCGGCGUUUUCGUCUGGCUUAUAAGAGCCGUUUACAUCCAGGAUAUCAUGUAUCCUGGGCGCGACGAGGAUGUUGCGGAUCAUUAG